GGCAGCAGAGCCAGGCGGGUCUGGAGCCUGGAGCUGGAGCUACGCAGCCCCAUGGAGAUCCCGCCGACACAUGCCCCAGCCACGCGGGCCGCCGCGGUGGCCCAGAACUGCAUCAACUACCAGCAGGGGACUCCGCACCAGAUAUUCCAGGUGCGCGCAGUGGAGCACGCCAGCCUGGAGGACAUUCCGGAAAGGGGACACAAAUAUCAUCUAAAAUUCUCUCUGGAAGAAAUUAUCAAAAAGCAAGUUACAGUGAACUGUACAGCGGAAGUGUUGUAUCCCCCUGAGGGGCAAGUCUUGGCACCUGAAGUUAGCUUCACAUUUGAGGGAGAAGUUGGAAAGAACCCAGAUAAGGAAGAUAACACCUUUUAUCAAAGACUCAAGUCCCUGAAGGAACCACUGGAAGCACGGGAUAUUCCAGACAAUUUCGGAAAUGUAGCUCCAGAAAUGAAGCCAGUUCAACAUUUAGCCUGGGUGGCCUGUGGUUACAUAAUAUGGCAGAAUUCUACUGAAAACACAUGGUAUAACAUGGCGAAGAUUCAAAGUGUCAAACAAGUGCAAAGAAACGAUGACUUCAUUGAGCUGGACUACACCCUUCUCCUUCAUGACAUUGUGUCUCAGGAGAUGAUCCCGUGGCAAAUGCAAGUUCUCUGGCACCCACAAUAUGGCACUAAAGUCAAACACAACAGCCGCCUGCCAAAGGCCACAGAGAUGCAGUGAGUGCGUCAGCAAGGGUGCACAGGAGUUUUCAG